AUGAUGCUGGGACGCAAACAAAGUAUAAAGGGGGAGGCGGUACUGGCCGAUUAUGGCCCGGAAGAAGCUUUCAAUGAGAGUGCCGAUAUAGAAUGGGUCAACAAGAGAUGGGUUAGACGAAUAAUGCGAUUUUGUGCGCUUUUAAGUUUGGCUUCUGUCAGCUGCAACACGCCCAAGACAUUCGAACGGUGGCCCCCUAUGCAAACCGUAACGUUCGCCUGCGAUGGUGUCGUUACAAUUCUCUUCACUGCCGAAAUGAUUGCCAAAAUGCACAUUCGCGGAAUCCUAAAGGGUGAAGUGCCAUACCUAAAGGAUCACUGGUGCCAAUUCGACGCAAGCAUGGUAUUUUUCCUGUGGAUCUCUGUGAUUCUUCAAAUGUUUGAAAUGUUGGGUAUCGUGCCAAGGUUUAGUUAUUUGUCCAUACUUAGAGCGCCGAGACCUCUGAUUAUGAUAAGAUUUUUGAGAGUUUUUCUGAAGUUUUCCAUGCCAAAAUCCAGGAUAAAUCAAAUAUUCAAACGGUCCAGCCAGCAAAUUUACAAUGUGACCUUAUUCUUCUUAUUUUUUAUGUCACUAUAUGGAUUACUGGGGGUACAGUUCUUUGGAGAGCUCAAAAACCACUGUGUACUGAACACCACAGACCCUAAUUACAUUACAAUCAACAGCUUGGCAAUACCAGACACAUUUUGUUCCCUAAACCCUAACUCAGGCUACCAAUGCCCUGCUGGGAUGAAAUGCAUGAAACUGGAAUUAUCCCGAUACAUUAUGGGUUUUAAUGGAUUUGACGAGUUUGUUACAAGCUUCUUCACUGUGUAUCAGGCGUCCUCACAAGAAGGGUGGGUCUUCAUCAUGUACAGGGCGAUUGAUUCCUUGCCAGGAUGGCGCGCGGUUCUCUACUUCAGUACAAUGAUCUUCUUCCUCGCGUGGCUAGUUAAGAAUGUAUUCAUUGCCGUAAUUACCGAGACGUUCAACGAGAUUCGUGUGCAAUUUCAACAGAUGUGGGGAGUAAGGCAACAAAUUCAAAAUAGCACAGCGUCCCAGAUACUUACAGGUGACGACAGGGGCUGGAAGUUGGUUACACUCGACGAAAACAAACAUGCCGGAUUAGCUCCAAAUGUCUGCCACAAAAUUCUUCGCUCUCCACAUUUUCGACUGCUGGUAAUGUGCAUAAUACUCGCCAAUGGCGUUGUGACCGCCACCAUGCAUUUCAAACAUGACGAAAGACCAAGAAGCGAUUUUUACACCAAGUACUACUACAUCGAAAUAGGCUUUACGGUCGUGCUCAAUUUCGAGACGAUCUUCAAAAUAUGGUGCUUGGGAUGGAGAGGAUAUUGGAAACAUUCCAUUCACAAGUUUGAACUUUUACUGGCGAUAGGUACAACCAUACACGUUAUUCCGGGAUUUUAUAUGUCUGGAUUUACAUACUUUCAGGUACUAAGAGUUGUGCGACUAAUUAAAGCGUCGCCUCUAUUAGAAGACUUUGUAUACAAAAUCUUUGGCCCCGGGAAAAAAUUGGGAAGCUUAAUAAUAUUCACCAUGUGUUUAUUGAUAAUUUCGUCGAGUAUUUCGAUGCAGUUAUUUUGCUUCCUUUGCGACUUCACGAAGUUCGAAAGUUUUACCGAAGCAUUCAUGUCAAUGUUCCAAAUUUUAACCCAAGAGGCUUGGGUUGAAGUAAUGGACGAGACGAUGUUACGAACACGCCCGACGCUGGCGCCUCUGGUGGCUGUGUACUUUAUUUUGUACCAUCUCUUUGUGACGUUGAUCGUGCUCAGUUUGUUUGUUGCGGUUAUUUUGGACAAUCUGGAACUGGACGAGGACAUCAAGAAAGUUAAGCAGUUGAAGUAUAGGGAACAAAGCGCGGAAAUUAAGGAGACUUUACCGUUCAGGCUGCGUAUUUUUGAAAAAUUUCCCGAUAGUCCGCUAAUGGUGCAGUUGCAUAAAGUUCCCUCGGAUUUUAGUGUACCAAAAGUUCGAGAAAGUUUCAUGCGACAGUUCGUUUAUGAAACAGAAGACGAUCCCAAUUCUGAAAACGUGGCGAAGAAAAUUAGUGAAGAGGUUUUCGAUUCGAAGGUCAUCUAUCGAAAGCAAAAACCUUUAAAGGUACUUUACAAUUUGCCAAAAGUGCGCGUUGUGGAUUCGAAAUUAAAAAAGGCCUCAAUCGCUCACAUCGUAAAUGAUUCAGAUAAUCAAAGACUAAUGCUCGGUGACUCAUCAAUGAUCCCAGUUCCCGGCACAAAAGGACCAUUGAAGCCACAAGGGACAGUAAACAGCAUUAAACAGUUUAAGUUUGGAUCGAGGUCAAUUAGGCGAAGUGUGAGAAGCGGAUCCAUAAAACUGAAACAAACAUACGAACAUCUAAUGGAAAACGGCGACAUUGGAGUAAAUCGCAUGAGUUCCGCACGCGCCAGACCUCACGACCUUGACAUAAAGCUACUACAGGCGAAACGACAACAGGCAGAAAUGCGACGAAAUCAACGAGAAGAAGACCUCCGAGAAAAUCAUCCGUUCUUCGACACGCCUCUGUUUGCCGUGCCACGCGAGAGCAAAUUUAGAAAGAUAUGCCAGUUGAUAGUCUACGCCAGAUACGAUGCACGAUUAAAAGAUCCGAUCACCGGCAAAGAGCGCAAAGUGAAAUAUAAGAGCUUACACAAUUUUUUAGGACUGGUCACAUACCUAGACUGGGUUAUGAUUACCAUGACCACAUUAUCCUGCCUUUCCAUGAUGUUCGAAACGCCAUACUAUCGAGUGAUGGAAAACGCGUCGUUACAAAUUGCUGAGUAUUGCUUCGUAAUCUUUAUGAGUAUUGAGCUGGCGUUGAAAAUACUGGCAGAUGGGCUUUUCUUUACACCGAAAGCGUACAUUAAGGACGUGGCGUCUGUUUUAGACGUGUUCAUUUACAUAGUAAGUUUGGUAUUUUUGUGUUGGAUGCCCAAGCGAGUCCCUCCCAAUUCUGGCGCGCAACUGCUGAUGAUAUUAAGAUGCUUGCGACCAUUGCGGAUAUUCACUUUGGUUCCACACAUGCGAAAGGUGGUAUACGAAUUAUGUAGAGGAUUCAAAGAGAUCUUGUUGGUAUCCACAUUGCUAAUACUACUAAUGUUCGUAUUCGCCAGCUAUGGUGUUCAAUUGUACGGUGGACGGUUAGCUAGAUGUAACGAUCCGACCAUUUUAAAGCGAGAAGAUUGUGUCGGCGUGUUCAUGCGUAGGGUGUUCGUAACGAAAAUGAAGUUAUUGCCUGGUGUGAACGAAUCGUAUCCGUCGAUAUUAGUACCACGUGUUUGGGCAAAUCCGAGGAGAUUUAAUUUUGACAAUAUUGGGGACGCCAUGCUGGCACUUUUUGAAGUGUUAUCUUUUAAGGGUUGGUUAGAUGUAAGAGAUGUGUUGAUAAAGGCUCUCGGACCAGUUCACGCCAUUUACAUACACAUUUACAUCUUUCUUGGGUGCAUGAUUGGCUUAACAUUAUUUGUUGGCGUAGUUAUUGCCAAUUAUUCAGAAAAUAAAGGAACCGCACUUCUGACAGUUGACCAAAGGAGAUGGUGCGAUUUAAAGAAGAGAUUGAAAAUUGCGCAACCUUUACAUUUACCACCAAGACCGGACGGUCGUAAAUUUCGAGCUUUCAUUUACGAUAUCACACAAAAUAUCAAAUUUAAGCGAUUAGUUGCGCUUAUGGUGUUAGUUAACAGCUCUUUAUUAGGCGUCACGUGGGACGAAGAACAAGAGCGCACCGAAAUUCUGGCAACUGUAGGGAUUUCGUGUACGCUAAUAUUUGUAAUAGAAGUAGUAAUGAAAAAUAUUGCCUUUACACCAAGAGGAUAUCUGCAGUCUAGACGUAAUCGUUACGACUUAUUUGUAACUGUGCUUGGAGUUAUGUGGAUCAUAAUCCACGUUACUUUUAAGAGCGAUUUAACUUACUUCAUCGGUUUUAUGGUGGUAAUACUACGAUUCUUCACCAUAACAGGCAAACAUGCAACACUAAAAAUGCUAAUGCUAACCGUAGGUGUAUCCGUUUGCAAAAGCUUCUUCAUCAUAUUCGGAAUGUUUCUGCUGGUAUUUUUUUACGCGUUAGCCGGCACAAUACUCUUUGGAACUGUUAAAUAUGGCGAAGGCAUUGGAAGGAGAGCAAAUUUCGAGUCUCCCGUGACUGGAGUGGCUAUGCUAUUUCGUAUAGUAACAGGCGAAGACUGGAAUAAAAUUAUGCACGAUUGCAUGAUUCAACCUCCAUACUGCACACCGGCAGAUAAUUACUGGCAAACUGACUGCGGCAACUUUACCGGUUCCUUGGUUUAUUUCUGUACAUUUUAUGUCAUAAUUACUUACAUCGUGCUCAACUUGCUCGUGGCCAUCAUCAUGGAGAACUUUUCCCUGUUUUACUCUAACGAAGAGGAUGCCUUACUGUCGUACGCGGAUAUUAGGAAUUUUCAAAAUACCUGGAAUAUUGUUGACAUACAUCAAAGAGGUGUCAUUCCAGUGCGACGCGUCAAAUUCAUUCUGCGCCUCCUAAAAGGACGCCUAGAAGUUGACCCUCAAAAGGAUCGUUUGCUGUUCAAGCACAUGUGUUACGAAUUGGAAAGGCUGCACAAUGGCGAGGAUGUUACAUUCCACGAUGUUAUCAACAUGCUAUCCUAUCGGUCGGUUGACAUACGGAAAGCUUUACAGUUAGAAGAAUUGCUUGCCAGAGAAGAGUUCGAGUACAUUAUUGAGGAGGAAGUUGCGAAACAAACCAUACGAACAUGGCUUGAAGGUUGCUUGAAGAAAAUACGAUCAACUAAUGUGCGUACAAGUGACCCAAAUACUCGAGUAAUAAUUUUAUUAAAGGAACAGCAAAAUAGCUUGAUAGCUGGAUUGAGGGCGACCAAUGAGACGAUACCACCGACCGAUACAACAAUUGAAAUGAAAAAUAUCAGCCCGGAUCGUGAAAGUGAGGUGGAUACGAAGGAAAGCGAGAUCGCUGCAAGAAAGGCGAAGGUAGUUGCUCUUCCCCGUUCCGAUAGCAUAGGAAGCAGUUCGGGUCGUAAAUUUUUGGCGCCCACCUUGUCCGAUCCUGCCGCCCGUAUAGAAAAGGAAAGAAUUACGACGAAGAAGAAAAACAACAGACAAACUGCGACGAAUAAAAAUUUACCACAUUUAAAUGAGGGUACAGAAACAUCACGAGUACCGAGAGAUAUAUCCAGUAGUAAGGCCAGUGUGCCUAAGAUCUCAAACACGGCGCACGAGAUUCGUGAUUGGUGGAAUGAACAGCUUGCCUAUGUUUCCGAUACUAGUGAUGAUGACUAGGGUGAUCAAGUCUCCAGUACAAUUUCAUACAUUGGCUAUAUUCUGUAAUGUGUCCAAUAAAAAAAUGUUGUGAAAUGUA